AUGUCCUCGUCUACUGUGGCCGUGCGUUCAUCACGGACGUACACGACCAUCGAGGCCACUGCCUUGCACGAGUCCGUUCCCCCGGACCGCUGGUGCAUCACACGCUCGGACUUGAAGUGCCUGGGCCAGGAGGUGCGAAGUGCUAUCCAGCGUGGGGACAUCCGGCCACCGGAUGAUGGAAGCGACGACUUUCUGGCUUCUGACCUGACCUAUGGCCCGAGCAUCUACACAGUAAACAAGCAGCACAUCAUGCCAGUGACGGAGAUGUUUGGCAAAGUGAGCUGGGCUUUAUUACAACAUCGGGAUGGUUUGGACUGUGAUCUCUUCAUCAGCCAUGCCUGGCAAGAGGGUAUUUUCGAGUUCCUCGCGAAGGUCCUGCUUUCGUGGCCCGCCGAUGCACGACAUGCCUGGUGCUGCAUGCUGGCCAAUCCUCAGAAUUUGGACAUCGGUUCCCUGCUGCAGUCUCCAAGCAGCUCACCGUUUGCACUGGCACUCAAAGCCUCGACAUAUGUUCUUGUGGUGCCGAAUCACCGCUGCAGCAUCUACACGAGGCUUUGGUGUGGGUACGAAGCCUUUCGCGCUCACGAGGAAGGCAAGACCGUCUUUGUGGCUCAUGCUCCAACCGGCAAAAAGAUGAUGGUCGUCGUUCUGUGGACUACACUUGCAGGACUGCUGGGCUUCUUGCUGGGCAUCUUCUGUUUUCGCUUUCAUGGGCUGUACCUGCUUCUGCUUAUGCUGACCGUUGCAGCAGUCAGCAGCGUCUGCAUUGAAAACCAGACCGGGCGCAGGAUCCUCAACUGGAUAGGUGCCUUCAUGUGCGGUGCCCUUCUCUACCACUGGAAGGUAGUCAUUCCCUUUUCCGACACUGGCCUUCUGCCUAUGCUUACCGACGUGGGGCAGCGACUUCUUCUUGCUUCCGGCGUCUUGUUCUUCGAUCUGCUUGAGGUCGACCGCGUCAUUGGACAAAGCCAGAGAGAGCAGGCCAAGCAGCUCAGCCAUGGAUUUCAAGGCAGCAUCGAAUAUGCGACCUGCUCCGAAGCAGCCGACACUGCACGGAUUUUGCAGGAGAUUGGUGAGAGGACCAGCGAUGUCGACUACGCCAUCCACGUGCUACUGGCUGCUGGGAUGUCAACGCCGACACUUCGAAUAGUCGCCCGCGCAGGAGUCGACAUCUCUGGUGCGGGCUACACCGAAAUCGCCUUUCCCUGUCUGGAUCUGGGGCCAUUCCUUAUUCACGACCUUGUACUUCUCGUAAAAGAUGUACUUCUUCGUCGGUACCACCGUUGGAUUCCUUGCCUGGUUUGCGUUUGUGCGCGUCUUUGGCUGCUCUUCUGUCUCUGGCAUAGUGCGAAAGAUGAGAGAUGUUUUAUUCUGAAGAUGAUGUCAAAGAUGAUUGCCACUUUGCAAGUGCUCGUCUUGCCAACUGUUGCAUUGAUGCAGCUGACUGCUGCCGAGACGGAAGGCGUGUUCUACAUAAUUGCGAUCUCCAUCAUGCUUAUGCACAUCAUCAUGGUUGGCUUCGCUUGUCUGGGCAUGCGACGAUUGGCGAGACUUCCGCUGGCAGGGCCUUGCAUGCUACAGUUGUUCCUGGGCCGCGGCCACUGCAGUGUCGCUAGCACCCAGGUCGCAGGGAAAUAG